GGGAAAGUGAAAGCGCUUGUUGACCGUCUCCUGGUCUUCGAAAGAAAAAGCCACGGACACUGGGAAUUUGAAAUAAGAACAGAAAAUGCUGGAAAUACUUGGCAGGGAACUAACAGCGGGGAUUGAUGCAUCCACCCGCUGGAAACAGAGGCGCGAGCGCUCCGCACCGGAACAACUUGUUCGGGAGGCGCGGGCCGGCCGGACGGCUGUGCAGUGACGGACAGAGCAAGCGCGGAUGGGUCGGCCCUGGUCACGGAGCGAUGCAGUGCGCCGGCAGACGUGAGAUGCCAUCAAAAUGUGGAUUUUGCAAGCAGACAAAAGAGGAAGUAUGCAGUGGAGAAAUGCUACUUUCUCAGGAUGGUCAACUGGUAGUUCACCGCAGAUGUCUGCUGUUUUCUACUGUACCUGUGGCAUCCAAAACGUCCAAGGAUGAAAACCUCUGUGGGAUUUCAGUGCAAGCUAUUAAAAAGGAACUGCAGAAAGUUGCUAAAAUGAAGUGCAGUCGCUGUAAUCGGUCUGGAGCUGCUGUUAAAUGUGCUGUAACAUACUGUAGGAAGGUCUAUCACUAUCCCUGUGUGAGGAGUGAUAAUGGUGCAAUCAGGGAAAAUGAAAUCAAUGGAGUUUACAGGGUUUGGUGUCAUAAACAUAAAGCUGAGCAGAAAUUAGUUGAAGACAGCUCCUUUGAAAGUGUUGAAGAUGGUCAGGACAAUGCACAACUAAGAAGAAGAGCUGGAACAUCAAGAAGGGCUGCAUCCCUGUGGGCAAAGGUAGGACCCCCAGGGACAUUCUUCUUGCAGCCAGACUGAAAUGCUUAUGAACUGUGAAGUUGAGAACUGCUCAAAGAUUGCCACUUGCAAUGUGCAACUUCUGACAGCACAAAGCUCAUUAAAGGUGUUGAUAAAGGAGUUGACAGUUUAUAUUGUAAAAGCCACAGCACUUGUGAUGAAGAUGGAAUUGAUAAGAAAGCCAUUGGAUCGACUUCUGGUAGCUGCUGCCUGGACAGUGGAGAUGAAGAAAGUCACAAUUAUUCGAAAGAUAACCUCAAACAAAAAAUGAGAAACAAAACAAAAGAUGAUGGAAGACUGAGAAAAUCCCAGAAACAUCAUUCCUACUUAUCAGAUGAUUAUGGAA